AUGGCGAUGCAGACGGCAAUUAAUACCACCCAGGAAAUAUCAUCCGAAGUCAUUACCUGCGAUGUCUGCAUCAUUGGAGGUGGGGCCGCAGGAACUUACGCUGCCAUCCGUUUGCGCCAGAUGAAUAAGGAUGUCAUCGUUGUUGAGAAAGAGCAUUGCCUCGGUGGACACACCAUGACUUGCUUUGACCCUCAAUUCGGUGGGAGAGCAGUUAAUUACGGCGUCAGAUAUUUUCAGAACCUGCCUACGGUACAAAAGUUCUUUGCAUAUUUUGGGAUCCCUCUUGAACGGGUACCGUUCGGUAACGAUCGGAAAAUGUUCGACUUUCGAACAGGCAAGGAAAUUCACCCAAUCCCCCAACCGGAUGCAGAUGCCGCAACAGAAAGAUACAUUUCUCAGUUAAACAGGUAUCCUUACCUUAGGGGAGGGUUUGAACUACCCGAGCCCGUCCCAGAGGAUUUGCUGUUGCCAUUUGGGCAAUUUAUGGUGAAGCAAAACUUAUGGGACUCUAUAGACGGGCUAGGCGCGUUCAUUAACCCACUAGGCGACUGGCCACAUCAACCGACUCUCUACAUUAUGAAAUACGCCAACUUGAACGUCCUGGAGGGUAUGAGAGCCGGCUUCGUUCGACCAGGUACUGGCAACAAUAGCGCUAUCUACAAUGCAGCGCAGAGGGAAUUAGGGGAGGAUGCUCUAUUGAGUAGUAGUGUGGUGGCGGUAGACCGGGACCGCAAUGAUGGUUGGAACUUUGUCACCGUGCGAAAAGCUGAAAAUCGGAAAUUUAAGCUAAUUCGUGCGAGGAGAAUAAUUGUGGCCAUUCCUCCUAGGCUGGAGAACAUGGGUUGUUUCGACCUGGGAAGCGAUGAGUGUCGAAUUUUUGGCCAGUUCCAGAACACGUACCUGUACACGGCGGUAGUAAGGAUUAAGGGUCUUCCGGCUAAGGAUUACGUGAACCGAGGGGCGGACGAUCCGUUUAAACAACCUCAACUCCCUGGCAUUUUGUUUUUGGCAUCAACCGACGUCCCGGAUCUCAAGACGGUUCAGGUUGGAAGCGCAAUGUCCCUUUCAGAGGAGGAGCUCAAAUAUGUGAUCUUUGAGGACAUCCUUCGGCUUAGGCAAUGUCUUGAGAUUGACUUCUCUAAGCCCGAGUUUCUGGCAACUGCAGAUCAUAGCCCUUAUCAGUUGACCGUUUCAGCCGACGCUAUAAAGAAGGGUUUUUAUCGCGAGCUAAAUAAUCUUCAAGGCAGUCGACACACCUUUUAUACAGGAGCAGCAUUUGAGUCUCAUAACACACCGCAAAUUUGGGAUUUUACGGAGGCGUUAUUGCAGAGAUUUGUUCUCCCGUCUUUCGAGCAGACUGUUGGGAUAUAA